UUUUUUUAUUAUCUGCCAAAGAUUCAUAAGAGAUUGGAAAAUCCCCCGGGAAGGCCAAUAAUUAGUGGUAUUGGAUCUCUAACCAGUAAUAUUUCUCAAUAUGUUGAUUUUUUUCUGCAACAGUUUGUUACCAAAACUCCAUCUUAUGUUAAAGACUCUGCACAAAUAAUAUCAGAACUUGAGAAUUUCGAUUGGCAAAAUGAUUUUUUAUGGGCAACAGUUGAUGUUGCCUCCUUGUAUACGGUUAUUGAUCAUUCCAAAGGUAUACAAGCAGUAAAAGAAGUUCUUUAUGAAAAUCAAAGUAUGAACAAUUUACAAGCAGAUUUUAUACUGGACGCCAUUGAAUUUAUUCUCUAUCACAACUUUUUUUGGUUUAACGAUAAAUAUUAUCUCCAAACUUGUGGUACAGCCAUGGGCACCAGGUUUGCGCCGAGUUACGCAAACAUUUUUUUCGCGAAUUGGGAAAUGAAGAACAUUUGGAAAAAUAAUCCCUUCGGCGCAAACCUGGUGCUAUGGAGACGUUAUAUAGAUGAUGUUCUUAUUAUAUGGAAGGGACCAAGAACUCUCUUAGAAGAUUUUUUAAAAUAUAUUAAUUCUAACUCUUAUAAUCUGGUUUUUACAGCAGAAAUUAACACAUUGAAUAUUAAUUUUUUAGAUUUAACUUUUUUUAUUAAGGACGGACGAGUACAAAGUAAAGCUUUUUUUAAACCCACUGAUGGUAACAGUUUUAUUGAGUUUUCUAGUUGCCAUCACCCAAACUGGCUUAGAAAUAUACCCAAAGGACAACAAAUGAGAAUAUAUAGGAAUUGUACUGAAAAAGGUGACUUUGAAAAUCAAGUAGGGAUUUUAAAUAAGAAAUUUAAAAACAGGAAUUAUCCGACAAACUUGGUUUAUGAAUCACAAAAACAAGUAGAAAAAUAUAAUAGGAAGGAUCUCUUAAAAGGAAAAAAGAAGAAAGAAGGAAACAAAGAUUUUAAUACAGCCUUCAUAACGAAAUAUAAUAAUAAGGCACACCAAAUUGAAAAAAUAAUCAUGAAAUACUGGCCUAUUUUAAACCAAGAUGAAUUUUUAAAAAAUGUUUUACCUAAAAAGCCUCGGAUAAUAUAUAAAAAACCUGAGAAUUUAAAAUCUAUUUUAGCUCCUAGUGUUCUACCAGGGAUUAAGAGCAAUAGUGAAUUAGAUAAUUCAAAAAGUAAUUUUUUGAGAGAAAAACCAAAAGGAUUUUAUAAGUGCGGCAGAUGCAGCACUUGUAAAUACCAAUCGUAUAAAACACUUGAUUUUAAGAGCACCAUUACAGGGGAGUCUUUUAUUAUUAAACAUUUUAUAAAUUGUCAAAGUAAACAUGUUAUCUAUCUGCUACAGUGUAAAUGUGGCAUACAAUAUAUAGGCCGCACAAUAAGAACAUUGCACAUAAGAUUGUUGGAACAUUUUGGUGGAAUUAGAAGAAAAAGUAUAAAACAUAGUGUACCAAGACACUGUAAUAACUGUAAAGAUUUUAAAAUAGAAAAUUUUUGCUGUAUCGGUAUUGACCGGGUCAGCCCCCAUUGGAGAGGUGGAGACAUAGAAAAACGUCUGGCUAUGAAAGAAACAGAAUGGAUCUAUAAAUUAAAAACUUCUGUUCCAGACGGUCUUAAUACAGAUUUGGAUAUUUUAGUAUUUAUGGACUAAUUCCACCAAGAUGACAUGUUUUUUACAUUUAUUCUGAUUUUAAUGGCACAUUGGUUUAUAUUUGAUUAUAUAUAUUUUAUAUUUUAUACUGACUAUAUGAUCGACUGGAAAAUUAUUAACUUGUUUUUUCUCUCUUGUUUAUUCCUUUCUUUUUCUAUUUAUUGAAUAUUCGUCCUCUAUUGAGUUAUUUCUAAUUUGAAUUUUUUUGUAUUUUUAAUAUCCUCAACAGAAUUUUGUUGUUUUGGAGAGCCAUAUUAGUUUAAAACGACUUUAAAACUGUUUAAUACUAUGGUAUUUUAUGAUGAUGUUCUUAUCAUUAUGUAUUUUUAGAAUUAUGCCCUUGUAAAAUUAGGUUCUGUUCAAAAUUAUGUCCUGUCUAAAAUUAUGCUCUGCCUAAAAUACUGGCUUGUCUGAAUUAUGUCAGUUUAAAACAUCUUUAAAACAUCUAUAUAUCAUUAUGAUUACUGUUAUAUAUAUAUGAAUUGAAAUUAUUCUGAUUUAAUGUAAUAUGUUGGAUUCACAUAUUACUUCUACAUGCAUAUAAGCACAUAUAUACAUAUAUAUAUAUCUCUCUUUUUCGUUUUAUUUAUUGCUUUAUAUAUUCAUUUUUAUAUUUAAGUUAUAUUCAUUCACAUCAUAUGAUAUCUUCUCUAUAUAUGCAUUCAACAUAUAAUAGCAUCGGAACACACUGGUUUCAUUUUUGACAAGUCCCAGUGUUGUUAGUGUUGCUUAGAUUAAUAAAGUUUUUUGCAUGCGUUCCACGGUGGAACGCACAUGCACGUCGGACGCCGGCGAAUGGUAUGUCAUCACGCCGGCGCCCGCGCGCAUGCGCAAUUGCACAGAAAGAACGCCGCCCGGCAUAUUUAAACGCCGGUUAGAGAAGAUUAUGGAUCGCUCCUGAGGAAGUCUGAUUGAGAACAGACGAAACGCGUUGAGCAAACCCGGGAAUUGGAUCAGCUGAUGGUGAACGGUUUCAUCUGUCUCUGCUACAGCCUUUACACAGACGCCUACAGACUGCUAAGACCGGGAGAUUUAGCCUAUUAUAGGCAUCAGCACUUUAGCACAUAUUGAUUUUAUCAAUUGUGCCACACCGUUUGUGAGUGUUUUUAUUUAUAUGUUUUUUACCAUUUUGGAUUAAAAGUUUGCACUAUGAUGUUUUCUCUUUUUAUAUCUUUUAUGUGAAUAUCCUCAUCUGCUCGUUGGUGGGUAACUAUAUUCAGUUUGUAUAUCUGGUGAUAAGUGGCGCCCUAUUUCUGUAUAGUAUAUACAGCUCUGUUUUUUUUGCACAUUUGGUUAAGGGAUACAGGGAGUGCAUCCCCAUAUAUAGUGGCUUGCCUGCACUUCCUAAACGGUCAGUUCUUUUCACCAUCCACUCUCCGCUUUAUGUAUCAGUAUAAACAGAGAUUGUUCUGCAAUACCAACGCCGGCCAGUAGGGGUCGCUGUUUGUGUGGAGAGAGACAGUGAUAAGAAGUUACAGCAUCUCCCUACCUGCCUCUCUCUACUCACUGAGAGUCCAGACAGCAGCUCAGAGACAUGGGGAAGCUGAGACAUUGGGACACUGGGGAACAUGGGGAACAUGGGGACCCUGAGACACUAGGGACACAGUGGCUCCAUGUCUCUCAGUGGCCCCUAGUCUGUGUCCCCAUGUCUCACAGCCACUGUCCCUAGUGUUUCAGUGGCCCCAUGUCUCCAGUGUCCCCAUGUCUCUAAGUGUCCCCUAGUGUCUUAGUGACAUCAGGACACUGGGAGACAUGGGGACACAGACUCUAAGGGACACUGGGAGACAUGAGGAUACAAACAUCAGGGGACACUGGGCAACAUGGGGACACUGAGACACUAGGGUACACUGAGAGACAUGGAGGCACUGGGGGACACAGGGAGACAUGGGGACACUGGGCGACUUUGAGACCUAGGAAACAUGGGGCACUCCCAGUGUCCCCAUGUCUCCCAACCAGUGUCCAUAGUAUCUCAGUAUCCCCAUGUGUCCCUGGUGUCUCUCAGUGUCUGUAGUGUGCCAGUGUCCCUAGUGUCUCAGUGUUUCCUAGUCUCCCAAAGUCCCUUAGUCUCCCAAUGUCUCCCAGUGUCCCCAUGUCUCCUAGUGUCUCAGUGUCCCCUAGUUUAAAAGAAAAAAUCUCAGGCACUCACAGUGAUAGAUUUAGGCAGGUUUAUUGGACACUGCAACGUUUCAACCUGUACCCAGAUCUUUAUCAAGUCUCCAAUGUCCCUUAUGUAUCAGUGUACCCUAUGUAUCAGACUAUCUCAGUGACUGUCUCAGUGCCUCAUGUCUCUCAGUGCCCCAUGUUUCUCUGCCCGUAGUGUCUCUGUGCACGUAGUGCCUCAGUGUCCCCUCGUAUAAAAGAAAAAAAUUUCAGGCACUCACUGUGAUAGAUUUAGCCAGGUUUAUUGGACACUGCAACAUUUUGACCUGUACCCAGGUCUUUAUCAAGUCUCCAGUGCCCCCUAUAUCACAGUGUCUCAGUGCCCCAUGUCUCCCAGUGUCCCCAUGUCUCCCAGUGUCCCCAUGUCUCCCAGUGUCCCCAGGUCUCCCAGUGUUCCCUAGUAUCUGUGCCCCCAUGUCUCCCAGUGUCCCCAUGUCUCUCAAUGUCCCCUAGAGUCCUAGUGACAUGGGGACACUGUGAGACAUGGGGACACAGACACUAGAGGACUGGGAGACAUGGGGACACAUGUGUAUGUUCACCCUUUCGGCCGUUCUGGUUAUGUGAUUUGUGUCAGUGGGGAUAUGUGUUUUCUCAUAGUUGCAUCCUAUGAGUUUCCCUCCAGCACCAUCUCCAUCAGAUACAUGGCACUUAGGAGGUAGGACUGUUUUAGUGUUUUUGGUCAAUAAGAUUUUGUAAUUAGGCCCAUCAUAAUUAUCAGCACCAGGCCCACUGGGCUCUUAAUCCGGCCCUGUGCUCAUGCCAUUGUACAGAACACUGGUGAGACCUCAUUUGGAGUAUUGUACACAGUACUGGAGACCGUAUCUUCAGAAGGAUAUUGAUACCUUAGAGAGGGUUCAGAGAAGGGCUACUAAACUGGUUCAUGGAUUGCCGGAUAAAAUUUACCAGGAAAGGUUAAAGGAUCUUAACAUGUAUAGCUUGAAGGAAAGACGAGACAGGGGGGAUAUGAUAGAAACAUUUAAAUAUAUAAAGGGAAUCAACACAGUAAAGGAGGAGACUAUAUUUAAAAGAAGAAAAACUACCACAACAAGAGGACAUAGUCUUAAAUUAGAGGGACAAAGGUUUAAAAAUAAUAUCAGGAAGUAUUACUUUACUGAGAGGGUAGUGGAUGCAUGGAAUAGCCUUCCAGCUGAAGUGGUAGAGGGUAACACAGUAAAGGAGUUUAAGCAUGCGUGGGAUAGGCAUAAGGCUAUCCUAGCUAUAAGAUAAGACUAGGGACUAAUGAAAGUAUUUAGAAAAUUGGGCAGACUAGAUGGGACGAAUGGUUCUUAUCUGCCGUCACAUUCUAUGUUUCUAUGUUUCUAUCUUUCUACCCCCCUACAGCUCCCCUGCCCCCUCUACUCUACCCUACAGACCAUAAAAUCACUGCACCCCCUACAGUACCUUAAUCUCCUACAGCCCUCUACCCCCAACAGCUCUUAAAAUCCCUGCAUCCACUACAGACACUGUACCCUCUGCAGCCAUUCUAACCUCUCUACCCCUACAGCUCCUUUGCCCCUGCAGCCAUUCUAACCCAUGCAGGCCCUAUGACCCCUCUACCUCCUAUAGCCCUUCUAACCCCUGCAGCCCCUAUGACCCCUCUACCUACUAUAGCCCUUCUAACUCCUGCAGCCCCUCUACCCCCUGCAGCUCCUCUACACCCUGCAGCUACUCUGCCACUUGCAGCCCCUCUGCUACUUGCAGCCCCUCUACCCCCUGCAGACAUUCUAAUCCCUGCAGCCCCUAUAACUCAUCUAACCCCUACAACUCCACUGCCCCCUGCAGCCCCACUACUCCCUACAGCCCUUUUAAGCACUAUUUUGAAAGUUUGCAAACUCCAUCUGACACUGAUUGCAAGUUACACAUAUUCACUAAAUAUCCAUUUUAGGCAAAAGAAAAAACUUUAGCGCACCUUUUAUAUAUUUUAUUUGUUGUAUUAGGAGAGCUGUAGAGCUUUUACACACUAUAAAGGUACAGCUCCACUAUUAUUACAUUUAUCUUUUUUAUUUUAUUCUGUAGUACCGCCAUUUAUUCACUUGCUUUGUAUUUUUAUAACAUAAGUCACUGCAAUAGUAGGUGCUGAAGUAUAAAAGCUUGCUGCCUCAUCCGAUACCACAGAUUGGCCUCCACAGGUAAUACAUUGCAACGCCGGAGAUUGCUUCACCUCUCGUCCCAUCCAAGUAGUUGUAGCAAGCAUCAUGUGUAUGCCACGAGAUCCACUUGGUUUGCUGGGCUUUUUUGUCACCUUGACCUUGCGCCAUAGAGGGAGCCAUUGCCUCUUGUCUAGGGGUCUUCUCCAGCCGCAUGGUAGGGCCUUGGGUCCGCAAGGGCUCCAAGAUUCGAUGCCUCCAUUGAGAGUGUGGGUGGCUGGGUGUAUGUGGCUCCACUCAAGCUCCCAGCCUAGAAGAUUUGUUGCGAUCUGGGGCAGCUACAGGAGUCUGUGAUGUCACAGGUGAGUGAGGAGUAUAUGAGUGGCAUAAUAGUCGGUACCAAAAUUCUUGGCAAAGCUUUGAAGCUCUCAAUCCAAUUCUGGCCAUCAAGGCCCGCUUGCAGUAAGGAUUGUUUUGGUGUGGCCAUCAUUGAUUUGCACGCGGUCGCUGCAGGGGCACAGAUAAAGGCAGUGGUUUCAGUGAGGCAAGUGUGCCCAUUGGUAGACUGGGAUAUCCCCCCACGGUCCAGAGGGGGAUUGCGGGGCCAAGAAUACGCACUCUGGGAGGUUUGGUACCAGGCGGGAGAUCGACCGCUUCUCCCAGCCAGUGGGUCGGCACCUCGGGUAGGCCGCAAGACUGGACAGCAAAGUGUUAUGCUGCAUUUUUUCAGAGCCCAGAGAGGCCACUUCAAUGUAGCAACAUGCUUAGUUUGAAUUUGGGCUGUCAUCAACAGCGUUUUUGCAUUUAAUGUCGAUAUAGGGCUUAUAAUAUCCGGAGCUCCUAGAGAAUACAUCAGGCCCUGCCCCCCAUUAACAAUUUUUGCACUGUGGCAGGGUGUAUUAUCCUGAUGAAAGAGGUCACUGCCAUAAGGGAACACCAUUGCCAUUCACCUAAUCUAAAAGAAAACAUGAUUCAUCAGACCAGGCAACCUUCUUCCAUCGCUCCAUGCUCCAGUUCUCAUGCUCAAGUCCACCCACUUUUAGCGGUGGACUUUUGUGUUCUGACACUUUUCUAUCAUAGCAGCAUUACAUUUUUCAUCAAAUUGAGCUACAGUAGCUCUUGUAAUAUGACCUAGCCUUUGCUCCACAUGUGCAUUAAAGGACCACUAUAGGCACCCAGACCACUUCAGCUCAAUGAAGUGGUUUGGGUGCCAGGUCCCCCUAGUUUUAAUCCUGCAGCUGUAAACAUACGUCGAAGCUGAUGUCGGCUGGGGGAGGAGAGGUCACCAGCGCUGAGGGAGUCCGGAACUGGAUUAAGGUAAGUGGCUGAAGGGGGGGACCUAAUAACCCUAUAGUGCCAUGAAAAAGAGUUUGUUUUCCUGGCACUAUAGUGCUCCUUUAAUGAGCCUUGGUGCCUAUAACACUGGUUGUUCUUCCUUGCACCACUUUUGGUAGGUGAUUUGCUGUUUUGGAUAUACUCUGACCCAGUCAUCUUGCCAUCACUAGUUGGCCCUUGUCAAAGUCACUCAGAUCUUUAUGCUUGCUCAUUUGUCCUGCUUCCAAUACAUAAAAUUCAAGAAGUGACUGUUCACUUGCUUCUAAUAUAUCCCACCCCUUGACAAGUGCCAUUGUAACAAAAUAAUUAAUGUUAUUCACUUCACCUGUCAGUAGAGUUAAUGUAAUGGCUGAACAGAGUACUUUGAUGUAGUGAUUUUGGAUUAUGUGACUGCCAUUAACAUUACAAUCUCAGCAAACCAAAUAUUGUACAUUUUUACCUUUAAAACCAUAAUUCUCUCCUUGCAAUAUUUACUCCUUAACAUCCACAAAAUAAUUAAAAUUCUGGACAUAUGAGAACAUUUAGGACUAAUAAGUGGAUAAAGUAUGAGAUAUAUGUUUUUAGUUACACUAGUUGUGUAUUUAUUAUUAAAACGUGUUUCACAUAUUUUAAAACUGUAUUCAUACAUAAUACUGUGCUAUGCAUACAUAUAGAAUAUCAGAAGAAAGGUGUCACUGUCCUUUAAAGAACAAUAUAUAAUAUGUAUGUGGGCACUUUUAAUGGGACAAAUACAUAUCUAUGGUGCUAAAAAGGCCCUAGCCUUUACUAAAGGAGUGACUUUCAUGGUUGAAUAUAUUUACUCAAUGGAAUUGAAAUAUAUAUCUCUAGAAGUUAAACCAGCAACACAUUGCAUGCUGUGCCAAACAACAGCUCCUUUAUCUCCUCUGGUAAUAUCGCUUAGACCAAGGGUAGGCAACCUACGGCACUAGUGCCAUGCACAGCACUCGAGGUGACUUUGCAUGGCACUCAAGGCUGCUAGAGCCAAACAGGCUCUGUCCUAUCAGGAGUCCUAGUGAAACUUCAGAUAUCUGCUAAUACAAAGAAGUGGUGAAGGACAAUCCUCAAUUUAUUCAUUGCAGCACAUAGAGGAAGUGAUCUCAGAUCACUUCCUCUCAGCACUUGUGAAUGGAAAUCCACGCUGUAGUAGAGCAGCUUGCAGCUGCUAUUGCAGCUCCUAUACUUGAGCUAUACCUGGCCAGCCUGGUCCCCACUGGAUCCUAGGGAAGCCACCCAUACUGCUAGAUAUACACAGAAAUAAUAUGAACAGCCCAUACACAAACAUACACACAAUACCAACAAACGCAACACCACUAACUAACCACAUACAUGCACACAACCCCGCAUGCAGCAUCUCACAUGCAAUACCCCAAACAGCCCCCACACACUACCAAACACACAAGGUGACAUUUCCAUCCACACACAAUUCCACAAGCAGCCCUCAUACACAGCCCACAUUCAUAGGUAUCAUACACGAUACCAUAAAGUACUAAUGAACAUAUACAAUAUAAUAGCUCCUAUACGCACAAAUACAACGAUACAAAGCAAUUACAGUAAAAAUAACACAAGCAGAAUACGGCAACAUACACACCUCAAUUUAAAAAAAUAGGAUUGGCACGCUAAGGGACAUCACAAUGCUAUAUCGGCACAGUGCUGCUAAAAGGUUGUCUACUCAGUUGCCCCUUCUCCAAAAUAUCAUAUAAACUCAAAUCUAAUGCACACCUUAGAUUAGAUUCUAUGGUGAAUUAUAUUUGAGUACUAAUGGCACAUUAGAUUCAAGUACGAUUUCAGUACUAACAAAAAAGGAAAGCACAUUACAUGUGUACUACUCUCUUGCUUACCUAGUUGCUCCUCACUUUACGACCUACGGUCGCAGAUACUGGCAUCUCAUUGCAGGGCACUGGGGACACUCCUACUAACUUUCAGCUUGUCCCUAGCUAUUCUCGCGCCAGCCUGAAUAAACCCACCUCCUUUUAUGACGCGGCUAAUGAGUGUCAUGGCGCUAAGAACGCCACAGCCCGCCAAGGUGUUUGAACAAGAACAUUUUGGGGGCGUGGUUACCUACCUAAGUGAACACGGUAUUUAAAGAGAAAACAGGGAGAGACUCAUUGCCCUGUUGUGGUUCUUGUUUGACCCUAGAGCGCGUAUUCCCUAUUGGUAUUCUUGUAUUCUGACUUUGGCUUUGUUUGACUAUUCCUCCUUCUCUGUUCCCUUGUCCCCUAUUGUCCCCUAUUGUCCCCUUUGUCCCGGCUAUUGCAUUAUCGUUGAUCUUGAUUUCUGGUACCCCUGACGUUGGCUCAAUAUUUGACUAUUCCUUGUGUGUGUAGUGCUAGUCCAGCCAUUCUAAGGUCCGGUAUACAUUACUAGUAUUUGCAUUCUACGUGUAGGAUCCCCGAACGUUCCUGAUAGCAGUCUACUAAAUGAUCCAAAAACAAAAUACUGGCCCAUCAAAACCAUCUAUGAAAAUUGGCACGUCUCUUUUACAGCACUGUAGCUUAGUAUCUAUAGUAUCUAUGUCAUACAUUGGGCAUAUUAUUUUACUCAGAAGAGGUAACUGACCAUAAUUUGGGGGAAUUUAUGACAGUGGCACAUAUCAAAUGUAUGAAAUACCAAGCAAAAGUGCAACAUGAAUGUAAAAAAUGCAAUUUUUUUCCUCACCACAAAAUUUGACAUAAAUUAGUUAAAAAAUGGCGGCAAGUUAAGGUACAAUACAUACCAUAUAAGAUACCCUGGAGUGUCUUCUUUUUCUCAAAUGGAAGGCCUUUGUGGGGUUAUUUGAACAGUGAAACUGCCCCAAAAUGAGACAGAGGCCCAUCACAUCCAUCCAGUGGUGUAUCCUGGUUUUGUGCUGCCCUAGGCAGGACAAAACUCAGGGCCCCCCCCACCACCAGCCAGCCCUCUUCCCCCCCGCCCUAAAUACACACGCACAUUCACACAAGAUAUGCAUACACGAAACACACAACACACACACACACACUCACAGGCACACACACUCACAUAACAGACACACACACACCAGACACACACACACACACUAAGCAAGCACUGACACAGUCACACACACAUACACACUAACAGACAAACAGUCAGACACACACUCACUAGCAGACACACAAACUCACACACACUAACAAACACACACACACAUUAACAGACACACACUCACUGACACACACACUCACAGGCAAAAAACACACUCACACUAACAGACACACACACAGUCAGACACACACACUCACUAGCAGACACACACACACUCACUGACACACAGUCAGACACACACUCACUAGCAGACACACACACAUUAACAGACACACACUAACAGACACACACUCACUGACACACAGUCAGAAACACAGUCAGACACACACAUACACACUAACAAACAGUCAGACACACACUCACUAGCAGACACACACUAGCAGACACACACACAAACUCACACACACACUAACAAACACACACAUUAACAGACACACACUCACUGACACACAGUCAGACACACACAUACACACUAACAGACACACACUCACUCACUAGCAGACACACACACUCACACAGUCAGACACACACACACACACUAACAAAACACACACAUUAACAGACACACACUCACAGAUUUUUUUUUAUUCACCCCUCCCCCCAACCUCCUUACCUUUGGGAAUGCUGGGGGGAGGGGUUCAUUACCUCCCUGGUGGUCCAGUGGUUGCCGGGCUGGGCUGGGCGGCUGGCUGGCGAGGGAGCUCUUCCCCUGAGCGGUCUGCUCAGCUCCCUCGCGCCCCGCAGAGUGAGGCUGGGAGCCGGAAUAUUACGUCAUCUUCCGGCUCCCAGCCUCACUCUGCGGCGUGCGAGGGAGCUGAGCAGACCGCUCAGAGGAAGAGCUCCCUCGCCAGCUGCCCGCCCAGCGCCCAGCAUGUCUGUUAGCCACGAGGCUAACAAGGCAUUUGCCUGGGCAUUUGGGGGCAGCGUUUUUUGCCGCCCCCUGAAAAAUGCCACCCAAGGCAAAUGCCUUGUUUGCCUUGCGGCUAAUAUGCCCCUGCAUCCAUCUAUGAAAAUUCUAACUAUAGAAAUAGCUUAGUCUCUUAGAUGGCAUUGUAGCUUCACAGAAUAUUGACAAAGGCAUACAAUGGGGGUGUCAUUGUACUCAGCAGAUAUAGCUGAACAAAAGAUAGGGUUUUGUACAGGAAUAGCACACACGAGCUUUAUGAAAUACACAUUUAAAAAACCUUGUUAUACGUGUAUAUUUUAAAAAACAGGAAAAACACAAUUUUACUACAAUAUUCAGCAGAGAUUGGCAAUGACAUGUGUACGUAGAAAGUGUCAAAAUGACCUUAGGUAAGAAGCCUAUGAUGUCUAUUUUAUAUUAAUAUAUACUUUUAUUUUCUUUGAUGGCUAUUAAACUUACAAGACAAACAUACCAACUUCUAGAACUUGAAACGAUAAAGGCUGUGAUUCAGAGGUCACAAAGUUGAGCAGUGGAUCAGUGCCCAAAAAGCCCUAAGAUUACUUUCCCUAGAUGGGGAAUAACCCACGGAAAUAUAUAGAAAGCAAGAAGUGGGACUAGAUAGUCCUGGGCAGGAGAGUAAUAGAAUGGGGGAGGGAUCCCUACCUUUAAUAAUCCUAACACAGGAAUAAAAUAAAACAGUAAAAAAUAGGGAGACAAAGGUAGUAAGAGAAAAGAGAAAAACAGCCUGACAGGUCCUCUAACUGGGAUACAAGUCUAGGCUGCGUGUGAUCUAAGCCUAAUAGAUAGAAUAACCAGGUGGACAGAGGUACACUAGCAAAAAACUGGGCUAAAAUGAAGAGGUAAAAAGACCUCUAUAGGGGGAUAUCCACCCAAAACAACACCCAGACAAGAACCACACUGGUAAUAGUAUGUUGUCCCUAUUUACCUCGGCACUGUGGAGAACCACUGGUGCCAACCCGAACCCUACUCCCUGCCUGUCCUAGUAGCUAAAAUAAUUAAAUUAAAUCAAUCCAUAAGUGCUACCAAAAGAGUGAUAAAAUAAAUAAAUAAAAAUAAAUAAAGUAAAACUCGACCCACGUUUCGGGGUUACAGCACACCGUCUUCAGGAGCAAUGAACUUUAAGAUCUCCCUGUAUCGAUUUAAAUACCUGUGGUAGCAAUCAACUUCUUAAGUGUUGUCACGUAUGUAUUUUUGUGCCGUAUUUCCUGGCUGUUGAUUGGUCUACAACCGCUCAGGCGUUCACAUCACGAUACCUAUGAUCGUGACGUGAUCGGGGAGGCGUGGUGGCAGGAUACGUUUAUUGUGCCAUACCCACGUGGGGAAAGGGGAGCCUGUAGAAUGGGAGUGGUUAGUCUGCGUCAUCAAGUGACGACUAUGUCAUAUGAGUGGAGGCCUCCCAUUACUGAGAAGCUGAAUGAAUACCGCAAUCCUUAAUUGAUUGGGUCAUUCUCCUACCCAAUCAUCAUCAUCUGAUAAACAGAGAUGAUGAUAGGGGAAUGCAAAUUACCAUGAUCAGUAUGUCCAGCAGAUGAUACUAUAACAUAUCGAUACAAUAACAAGGGGUAUCGUCAGGGGCGUAUUAGCCGCGAGGCAAACAAGGCAUUUGCCUUGGGCGGCAUUUUCCAGGGGGCGCAAAAAACGCCGCCCCCAAAUGCCCAGGCAAAUGCCUUCUUGGCCGUGCGGCUAACUGACAUGUCGGGCGCUGGGCUGGGCGGGCGGCUGGCGAGGGAGCUCUUCCUCUGAGCGGUCUGCUCAGCUCCCUUGCGCGCCGCACAGUGAGGCUGGGAGCCGGAAGAUGACGUCAUAUUCCGGCUCCCAGCCUCACUGUGCAGCGCGCGAGGAAGCUGAGCAGACCGCUCAGAGGAAGAGCUCCCUCGUCAGCCGCCCGCCCAGCCCAACAGCCACUGGACCACCAGAGAGAGAGGGAACCCCCCCUCCCAAAGGUAAGGCAGUUGGGGGGGGGGGUAAAUAAAAAUAAGAUACAAAUGUGUUAAUGUGAGUGUGUGUAUAUGUCUGUGAGUGUGUCUGUUAAUGUGUGUGUGUUUUGUUAGUGUGUGUGUGCCUGACUGUGUGAGUGUGUGUGAGUGUCUGUGUGCAUCUGUUAGUGUGUGUCUGUUAGUGAGUGAGUGUGUGUCUGCUAGUGAGUGAGUGUGUGUCUGACUGUGUGUCAGUGAGUGUGUUUGCCUGAGUGUGUGUGUGUCUGCUAGUGAGUGUGUGUGUGUGUCCGUUAGUGUGUGUGUGUCUGUUAUUGUGUCUGUUAAUGUGUGUGUUUUGUUAGUGUGUGUGUGCCUGACUGUGUGAGUGUGUGUGAGUGUCUGUGUGCGUCUGUUAGUGUGUGUCUGUUAGUCAGUGAGUGUGUGUCUGUUAGUGUGUGUCUGCUAGUGAGUAAGUGUGUGUCUGACUGUGUGUCAGUGAGUGUGUUUGCCUGUGAGUGUGUGUGUGCGUGUGUCUGCUAGUGUGUGUGUGUGUGUCUGUUAGUGUGUGUGUGUGUGUCUGUUAGUGUGUGUGUGUCUGUUAGUGUGUGUCUGUUAGUGAGUGAGUGUGUGUCUGUUAGUGAGUGUCUGUUAGUGAGUGAGUGUGUGUCUCCUAGUGAGUGAGUGUGUGUCUGUUAGUGUGUAUGUGUGUGUCUGACUGUGUGUCAGUGAGUGUGUGUUUGCCUGUGAGUGUGUGUGUGUCUGCUAGUGUGUGUCAGUAAGUGUGUGUCUGUUAGUGUGUGUGUGUGUUUCUGUUAGCGAGUAUAUGUGUAUCUGUCAGUGAAUGUGUGUGUGUGUAUUUAGAAGGCGGGGGGAAGAGUUGGGGGGGCUGGUGCGGGGAGGGCUGGCGCGGGGGGGCGGGGGGGUUGCCUGAGUUUUGUCCUGCCUAGGGCAGCACAAAACCAGGAUACACCACUGGGCCCUUGUAGUACAGAUAAUUAGUGUAACUCCUUUAAAUAUACAUGGGGAUAACCACAUACAAACAUUACUUCAAAAUUCUGUUGGCCUUUUUUCUAAAAAGCUGUGUUCACAGAAAAAAAGCCCUCAGAUUGUUUUAUUCUUUAAAUCCCAAUAAGCAAGGUCAACGAUGAUAUUUCUGCUAAUGUGCCAAUAUUUCUAUACUGUCUGUUCUUAAGAUUAGGGAUAAUAUUAUAUUAUCUCUAGAACUUUGUCCAUCCAAUGUUUCUAUAAUUAAUGAUGAUAAUAAUACAUUUACAAAUAAUUUUCAAAUUAAAAGUGCGUAAUACUACCCAUGCUAGCUAUGCAUCCAGGUUCCAAACAAAAGUUAUGCUUAUAUAUUACUAAACGGAAUUCAGUAACUUAGUGAAGGGGUUAAACUGUCUUAGUAGCAAUCACAAAUACAAUAGCUGCCUUCAGUGAUUAAACUAUUUUCCUAGCAGUUAAACCCUGAAGUUAGUCUCCAGCCCCUUACACCUUCCUUCCUCCUGCCUGCCGAAAUAGGCAGGUAUAUCUACACAAAACAAAAACUAUACCAACAGGACACAAACAUCACAUACAAAUUAAACAUAGUUAGAUAUCAAAUAUAUUUUGCCAUUUAAAACUACACCUUAAAGGAACACUAUAAGGUCAGGAACACAAACAUGUAUUCCUGACCCUAUAGUGUUAAAAACACCAUCUAGCCCCCGUGGUCACCCCUUGCCCCCCUAAAGAUAGUAAGAUUGUAACUUUAUUCCAGUCUACUAUUACUGGCUCUGCCCCUGAUCUGCCACCAUCAUCAGAAGUGGUGAUCUCAGCCAAUCACAAUGCUUUCACAUAGAAAAGCAUUGGAUUGGUUGAACUUGUCAAGCAAGCAGAUCAGGGGCAGAGCCAGCACAAGUCAAACACAGCCCUUGCCAAUCAACAUCUCCCCAUAGAGAGGGAUGUAUUAGCCGCGAGGCAAACAAGGCAUUUGCCUUGGGCGGCAUUUUUCAGGGGGCGGCAAAAAACGCCGCCCCCCAAAUGCCCAGGGCAAAUGCCUAGUUAGCCUUGCGCUAACUGAUAUGGCCGGGCGGCGCUGGCGGUGGUGGUCGGGCUGGGCAGUGAGGCUGGGAGCCGGAAGAUGACGUCAUCUUCCAGCUCCCAGCCUCACUCUGCGGCGCGCGAGGGAGCUGAGCAGAACACUCAGAGGAAGUGCUCCCUCGCCUGCCGCCCUCCCGACCACCAGCCAGCGCUGCCCAGCCCGACCGGCAGCCACUGGACCACCAGGGAGAAAGAGGAACCCCCCCCAGCACUCCCAAAGGUAAUGAGGCUGGGGGGUUAAAUAAAAAGAAAAAUGUUUUUUGAUGUGAGUGUGUGUUUGUGUCUGACUGUGUGUGUGUUUUGUGUCUGACUGUGUGUGUUUGUGUCUGACUGUGUGUGUGUGUGUGUGUGUGUCUGACUGUGUGUGUGUGUGUUUGUGUCUGACUGUGUGUGUGUGUGCCUGACUGUGUGUGUGUGCCUGACUGUGUGUGUGUGCCUGACUGUGUGUGUGUGUGCCUGACUGUGUGUGUGUGUGUGCCUGACUGUGUGUGACUGUGUGUCUGACUGUGUGUUUGUGUCUGACUGUGUGUGUGUCUGACUGUGUGUGUGUGUGUUUGUGUCUGACUGUGUGUGUGUGUUUGUGUCUGACUGUGUGUGUGUGUCUGACUGUUUGUGUGUGUGUGUAUUUAGAAGGUGGGGCAGGGGGAAGGGUUGGGUGGGGGUGGCGUGGGGGGAGGGGGGUGCCUGAGUUUUGUCCUGCCUAGGGCAACACAAAACCAGGAUACACCACUGGGUAUCGUUAUGGAGACAGAUUAACAGCUACUACUGUGCACAGAUCAUUUAUCUAGUAAGGCUGCAAGCCAUACAAACACCGGAUAAGCUAAUUAUACUGUAACUAUGUAUCUCUCUUUAUCAAAAUGUUAUCAGUUCAUGUGUGGAAACUGAGGAAGGUGGCAAUGCUUCAAUCUGACCGUUUAGGUCAGUAUAAUCCCAUGACGUUUUUCUGGCCUCAGUAUUAGCGGUACAGGGAAGUGAAAAGAUAUAUGUAAAAGUGAUAUAUACAUGAUAAGUGAACCAUUUACAUUAUUUACAAGUAUAGUGCCUGCUAUCCAGAUAAGGACUUAAUAGGGGUGUCCCUACUAUUUAAUUACAUCUAGUAUAGAGAGAAAUUAGAGAAAGGUGGCAAAUGAGAAACCCUCAUUUAAUCCUGGAGGAGAAAGGGUCUUGAGUCUAUAAAUCCAAUAGGAUUCACGCUGUCUCAAUUUCUUGUCCCAAUCCCUUUCCGUUGGGUUUGUGGGAUGUAUUCUAUUCCCAUAAACCGUAAUUUAUUGGAGGAAUUUGAGUGAUAAAUUUCCAGAUGACGUGAUAUUGGGGUUUCUAAGGGUCUUCUAACCAAAUUGACAUGUUCCCUAAUCCUUAGUUUAAAGGGUCUAAAGGUUUGCCCCACAUACUUAAUGCCACACGAGCAGGUAAGUAGAUAAAUAACCCCCUCUGUUCUGCAAUUAAAGAAUGAGCGGACCGAGAAAAUUUCCCUGUUAUUACUAUCUGUGAACUCUUUAGAGUUUUUGUCGAUAAAUUUGCAUGCGCUGCAAUGUCCGCACUUGUAUGUCCCCUUAGGUGAGUAAUUAUUAGUCCCUCUCUUAAGAGGGGCUAAAUUACUUUGUACCAAAGUGUCUCGUAGGUUUUUACCUCUCCGUGCAGUCACAGAGGGAAAUGUGGUAAUUACCUGCUUAAUUUGUGGAUCAGACGUCAAAAUCGGCCAAUAGCGCCUAAGUGUACCCAUCAUGAAAUCCCAACCUGCAUCAUAUGUGGCAAUGCAGCGGAUCAGUUUUUGAUCCUGUACUUGUGCAUUGUCAUCAGUAAGAAGUAAAUCACGUUCAGUACCAAUGGCUCUGGCAUAUGCUCUGCGUCGGACCCUGUUCGGAUAGCCCUUCUCCUUGAAAGCUUGCCUAAGGUCCUAGGCUUUAAUUUUAAAAUCUUCUGUAGAAGAGCAAUUACGCCUCAAUCUUGAGGUUGGGGAUGAUAACUAGACCAAUUUAAGAGACUAUUAGUGGCAGUUUGUUUCUUAAAGAGGGUAGUUGAAACUCCUCCUCCAGAUUGUAAUGUUAUGGUUAUAUCUAGGAAAUUGAGUUGUUUACCGCCAAUCUCACUAGUCUCAGAUUAAGGUCAUUCAUGUUUAGGAGUCUAUUACUCUCCUGCCCAGGACUUUCUAGUCCCACUUUUUGCUUUCUAUACAACUUCUAGAAAUGUUUCACAUUAACCUUUUUAUUUUAGUCCUUGAAUUUUGUGACCUGUGACUUUCAAAAUAAACUGAAAUCCUACACAUAUUAGGUACUCUAAAAAUCAAGACACAUAAAUUAAUUAAUUUAUUAAUUUUGUUUCUCCCCUCCCCCAAUUAUUUUGCAUUUUUUUUAUAAUAAAUGAGAAUUUAUAUAAGUAUAUAUCAACAUUAAAUUAAAGCCCUUUUUGUCCUCCAGCUUCUGAAGCUGCGUCCUUAAGGGGUUAACUGAGAUUUGCAUGGAUCUGGGAUAAAAAGGCUUAAAAAAAAGCUAGAAAAACUGCCUAAAUUCACUUAAUUUUGUUAUCUAGGCCUAUCUGUCUAGAAUUAAUUUGCAAUCCAUAAAUUCAACUUGUUAAGCAUGCUGAUAACAAAAAAGACUGUAAAAGCUGCGACCAAUUCGAAAUUGGCCAGCAAAAGCCAUUUUCCACCUGGUCAUGUAAUGGAGGAGGAGGAAAUCGGCUAAUGCUAGACAAUUAGGAGGGACAAAAGGAGCUCAAGCUUACACUAGUUAUUAUGGAGCAAAUGCUAGAUUUGAAAAUCUUAGCAAACUGACUUAUUAACUGAAAUUGCAGCUGUUCGCAAAUACAUAUGCGAAUUGGACACUUGCAUCGCUCGAAUGGAAGAGGCACCGAAAGUUCGAGUCGACUGGUUCUGGGGAUCUAAUAGCUCAACGUGUAAUUCGGUCUGGUUUACCGAAUUUGACGGAUUGCAAAUGAAUUCUAGACAAAUGCCAUAG